AUGCAUAAAGCGGAACCACCUGGCAAAUAUAACCGAAACUUUUCAGUCUGCUCCACUUUUGUUCAAGGCCAUGAGGUGUGGAUCGUGAUUAGCGUCGACAUGGUGGUCUCCGACCUUUCAUCCAUCCAUGUCCCAGACAAGAGCGCGCUAAUGAGGGACGACGCUCCUUGUGAUUGCGCUGGCUGUACCAGAGAAGGAGAGACGCCGGGUGGCCUUGUGGCAAAGGCCCUAGAGCUGAACGGCUUCCCGAAGGACCUGAUGCCCGCGCAUCACAUACGACAUUGUUACGGCGAUGCGACUGGCCCCUUCCGUAUAUACCUGGAUCAAAUUGUUGAGAAGGAGAUUUGCGGAUAUCCCAUUCGCUUCGAAGCCGAGAUUAGCGGGACCAUUGAGAAUGGCUGGAUUCGAAAGCUGCAGGGUAUUCGUGUAAGACCUCUGAUCACGUGGAAGGCAGUAGAUACGCUACAAACAGGGGCGUCCUGCUACGGAAGAGUUUAUUUCUACGUGGGUUAUUUAUUUAGGAGCUUUCUAGCAACAGAGUUCGAUGGUAUUUGGUCCGUGGAUGAUGAGGAGAAUGUUGACAAGGAGGGAUGCAGCGAUGAGGAUGGGAGUUUUAGAUUGGAAGGCUGA